UGGCGACGGCCACGGCGUCUGCCUGUUACUGAAGGUUUGUAAGAAAGUUUCGGGCAUGGCAUUAAUGUUUUCGCCUCUGCAAUUGACUUCCAUUUAGACCUGUUGCCGAAUGAAAUCCAGGAGCACAUCCAGGUGCCAUGUGCCCGGCUCUAUAGAUUGACCAUGGACAGACUACCGACCCACUACGGCCGUCAGGGACAGCCACGAUCCCAAGUCAUAUAUCAUUCGCCGAGGUUCAAAGGAUACGUGGCCAGCCUUGUACUCUCCAAAUGCAUCUUGGCAUACGCAUACUUCCUCUCGUACAAUAUCUUAAAUUAUCUUCACGUUGUACAGUUCCUCUUCAUCGCGCGGCUUGUCGCUUCAACUACACUUGUAAUUAUACAAAAGCCCUUCUCAAGCGGGUCGAAGCUAACCCGCUCUCAAUGGCUGCGAGUCUUUCGCCAUGCUGUGAUCAAUUCUUCACUUGCACUUCUAGAGCUUUUUGGCCUUACGCUGUGUGGGCCUUUACGGACAAUUCUGCUCACCCAGCACAAAGACCUUGUUGUCAUAGUUGGCAUCAAGGCUCUCUUCACAAGUGCUGGUGGCCACUCCAAGUUUAGAGGUGCAAUAUGUUUUAUAUUGGCGGUGUUAUCACUGCUGUUUCUCGACUUUGAUGACAAGGGAGCUCUGCCCACAGAGCACCCUGAGGGCUACCAGCACCAUGGGUUAAGCCACGCGUUUUAUUAUGUGGUCUCCCUUCUUGGUCUUCCAGAUCACAAGGGUGGUGCGCUACUUCUAGCGCUGACCUUGUUGCUCCAGACAGGCUUUCGAACCCUGUCUCGCACAUUGGCUGUCGAUGUUGGUGGGGCCAAGCGUUUGAACGCGCUGUCAAGUGUCAUAUCUACUGUGCUUUUAGCACCGCUCCUGCUAUUUGUUAAAGUCCCAUCUUCCAUGUUCAGACAAGACAAGAUGCCCUUAUCUUCGCCAGGGCCAGGGACUUUUCUUUGGUCGGCUUCUACGGAUCCAAAGGAGGUGCCAGUGGAUCUUUUCUUGCGCAACGGAAUAUCAUCGGUUCCAGUGGCUCUAGUCCCGAACAAUGACGGCAUCAUUCGGAUGAAAAACCCGAAGAUCAUUCAGGAGGAAUUACGGUACGGUCGUGUGGAGGUCCUCUCGGGCUUCAUGAAUGGGCUGUUUCUUGUUGUCAUUGCCUUUAUGGUCUUCAGUGAAGCCAUCACAAGGCUUUUCGACCCUCCACAAGUCAAGACCGAGCGUCUCCUGACUGUUUCCAUAGCAGGGCUUAUUGUGAACCUGAUUGGAAUCCUUGCCUUUCGUCACACUCACUCGCACAGCCAUGGGGCUAGCCAUAGCCAUAGUCACAGUCAUGGACAUAGUCAUACGGGUGCCAACACAAAUUUGCAAGGUGUUUUCCUUCACAUCCUAGCUGACACGUUGGGCAGCGUUGGCGUGAUAGUAUCAUCCCUGCUGAUUGACCAGUUUGGUCUGCUCGUGGCAGACCCUUUGUGCUCGGUGUUCAUUGCCGUGCUCAUUUUUGUCAGUGUGCUGCCUCUGCUUAAGCAUUCCUCCAUGAUCUUAGUGCUGAGGACGCCUCUUCAGUUAGAAGGCAAGAAGCUGCCAUCCAUGCUAAGCAAAGUCUUGAAGAUUGAAGGUGUCCUGUCUUAUCGCAAUGAGCACUUUUGGUACCACACCAGUGAUGUGCUGGCUGGGUCCCUGCACGUACAAAUCGCCAAGGACGCCAACUCCCAGAAAGUGCUGAGUCAGGUGACAUCGCUGUUCAAGGAACUGGGCAUGCAGCACUUCACUGUUCAAGUAGAAAAGGAAGAGUUCUUCCAGCAUAUGUCCGGCCUUCGUGCUAGUACAAACUACUACAGCAAUGCGCUUCUUAGAUCAGCGGCGCAUCAGGCCUCCAAUGGUGCCUUGUCUUUGUGUAUUGUGAAAUCGAUAUAAUUCCGUGCAGGGUAUCACACAUCGCAACUUUCUCAGCGUGUGCCUAAUGGACCCUGCUGUAUUUCUUGUACAGUGGACUCUUGCAUAGUGUACACCUAAUAAAAUUAUGUUGAAUUAUCGUA